GACAGGCUUCCUUCAUCGCUUCCAAUCAUUGCCCAAGAUGUUUCCCCCAGCCCUCACCCUCCUCUUAACUCCGGGACUAGUCGCUGCGGCGAUCCAACCCCAAGCCUAUGCCUCCUCAGCAGAUGGCAGAUACAAACUCUCCUCCUACAGCGCUCCGGUCCGGGGCACUGGCACUCCGGGAUCCAACUCAACAUGGAAGCUCACCAUAGACGACACUCCCUCUGGCCGGAAGCAAACCAUCAAAGGCUUCGGCGCCGCCGUCACCGACUCCACCGUGUCCGUCUUCAACGCCCUCCCCUCCGCCCAACGUACCGCCCUGCUCAACACCCUCAUGACCACCGCCGGCGCCAACUUCGCCAUGAUGCGACACACCAUUGCCUCCUCCGACCUCUCUGCCAACCCAGCCUAUUCGUACGACGACUCCAACGGCCAAACCGACCUCUCCCUUUCCAACUUCAACCUCGGCGACCGCGGCAACGCCAUGGCCUCGCUGCUCGCCGAGAUGAGACGUCUCCAACCCGGCCUCACCAUCCUCGGCUCUCCCUGGAGUCCACCAGGUUGGAUGAAGCUCAACCGCGUGAUUCAAGGUACCACGGUAAACAACAACCUCGACCACGCCUACGCCUCCCAAUUCGCCCAGUACUUCGUCAAAUACCUCCAAGCGUACCAAGCCAAGGGCGCCAAAAUCGACGCCAUCACCAUCCAAAACGAACCGCUCAACUCGCGCGCGCAGAUGCCGACCAUGUACAUCUACGCUGACGAGGCCGGUGAUCUCAUUCAGAACAACAUCGGUCCAGCUCUGCGCAACGCCGGACUGGAUACCAAAAUCUGGGCAUACGACCACAACACCGACCAACCCUCCUACCCGGCCACCGUCCUUUCUCGGGCGGGCGGGUAUGUGCCCGCAGUGGCAUGGCAUUGCUACGCCAGCUCGCUGGACUGGUCUGUCUUGACCACCUUUCACAACGCCCACCCGGGCGUGGAGCAGUACAUGACCGAGUGCUGGACGUCAGCAAGGCAGCCGACGCCGUGGAACUGGGCCGCAAGCUUCACCAUGGGACCACUGCAGAACUGGGCGAGCGGGGUGACGGCGUGGGUGCUGGGGACGGAUACCAAUGAUGGGCCGCACUUGACGGGCAGUGAUGCCUGUGAUAAGUGCACGGGGCUGGUGACGGUGGAUACGGCGGCGGGGACAUAUAAUUUGAGGGGCGAUUAUUAUAUGAUGGCGCAGUUUUCGAAGUUUAUGAGGAAGGGCGCAGUGGUGAUGAGUGGAACGGGAAGUUGGACGUAUGGGGAUGGGAGCGGGCUCGAGAGUGUCGCGGCGACGAAUGCGGAUGAUGGAAGUAGGGUGGUGGUGAUUGAGAAUCAGUUUGGGAAUGAGAUCUAUGUGACGGUUGAGGCGAAGAGUGGGGAGGUUUGGAGCGGGUUGGUUUAUAGGAACUCGGUGGUGACUUGGGUUUUGCCGGCUGCAGGGGUGUAAAUAUUGGGACGUGUUUAGAUGUUUGGAUUCAUUCUAAAAGAAAGAAAAAAAAUACGGGGUUUGGUCACUAGAGAUUCCAUUAUGUUUUCUAUGUGCUUGGAUGCCAGUUUGGUUCAAUGUUCUAGUAUACAUAUGGCUUUAUGAAAUGCAAGCGCUUAUAAUCCG